AUUCUGAGCGGAUUAGCGGCUUCUACCUGGCGGCUGAUUAAAUACACCGUUGCAGCUUCCCAGCCAGUUUAGUGUCAGUUGAAGAGCGCAAUGGAACAGAAAGGUAAAUGGACUGGUAUGCUCAUAUGGAGCACGCUGGGCAGCACCAUUGGCGCUGCUGUGCCUGGCGGCUACUGCAUGGGCAUCAUCAAUAAUCCAGCUGCGCACAUGCGCGAUUGGUGUGCAGCGACAUUGCUGCACAAAUAUCAGCUGGAGUUGAGCUCUGCCCAGCUGGACACGCUUUGGGCGCUGAUUGUGUCCAUAUUUUUAAUUGGCGGCAUCUUGGGCUCCGCUUGUGCCGCUUGGGCAGCCAAUCGCUUUGGGCGUCGCGGCUGUUUCUUGUUGAGCGGUUUGCUGCUGCUCCUGGCUGCUCUGGGCUUCGUCUGCUGCCGCUGGCUGCAGUCGGUGGAGCUGCUGCUGCUCUGUCGCCUGAUUGUGGGCAUCGGUGCUGGCCUGAUCACAACGGGCCUGCCCAUGUAUCACAGUGAAAUUGCAGCGCUGUCACAGCGUGGCGCCCUGGGCGCCGGCUGUUCGGUGGGCUUUUCCACGGGCAUUGUUAUGGCUCAGAUCUGCAGCAUGGAAUCGCUGUUGGGCGAUGCUGACCAUUGGCAUCUGGCCUUGGCUUUCUAUGUGGUCUUCAUGGCCAUUUGCUAUGCUCCGUAUCGCUGCUAUGCCGAGAGUCCCAAGUGGCUGUUCAUCGUGAAGCAGCGUAAGGAGGAGGCGCUGCAAAUGCUCGUUCGCUUACGUGGCGGACAUGCUGGCCUGGAGUUGGAGCUGCAGUCCAUGGAGCUUGAGGCGGCGAGCAAGCACAGCAGUCGCAGCUUAAGUGAGGUGCUCAAGGACUCCAAACUGUUGCUGCCGCUGGUCCUCCUCUGCUCGUACCAAGGCGGACAGCAGCUGACGGGCUGCUCCUCGAUCUUCUACUAUUCCGUCUUCAUCUUUCGCAGCAGCGGUCUAUCUCCCAGAGUCGCUGAGCUGCUUAGCCUGUGCGCCGGCAAUGUCAAUCUGGCUACGGCGCUCUUAGGUCCUGUGCUCAUGGCCAAGUUUAAUAGACGCACCUUGAUGCUGCUCUCCUGCUUCUUCUGUGCGCUGCUAAUGUUCGGCUUUUGCUUGUUUGUGGAGUAUGGCCGCCUGUUUCCUUGGCUCGUCUAUGGCACGAUUGCCUGCAUUUUCCUUUACCUCAUUUUCUUUCAGCUGGCUUUGGGUCCUAUGCCCUCCUUCAUCGGCACAGAGCUCUUUGAGGUGCCCUCUCGCUCGGUGGCCAACUCCCUGGGCAAUCAGGUGGGCUGGAGCUGCAAUUUCCUCGUUGGCUUUCUAUUUCCUACCAUGCACUCGCUAAUGGGCUCUUGGAUCUUUCUGAUUUUCUCCAUAUUCGGAGCGCUGCUCUUUUUGCUUACCAAAUUCUAUUUGCCUGAGACGCGCGGAAGAGAAGUUUCCGUAGUCGCUGAGCUGGUUUCCCGUGGCUUCAGAAGCAAAGUUCUUUAAGUCUAAGUCUAAGAUUCUUUCAUUCAUCUACUGCUCAUAUUAUAGUAAACUCUGAGAGUCUCAAGAGCUAUACACAUCUUAUAUAUAUGUGCUAUGUUUCUCUAAAAUCUAAGUUGUCUUCUUCC